AUCAGAUGUAGCCUGUCUCUCUCUCUCUCUCUCUCUCUCUCUCUCUCCUCCACUCACUCACUCACUCGGACUUUGCCUGGGCUCAGGAUGGCUGUCCAGCUGGAGAACAGAUAGACCUGCUCCUCUUCUUUCUUUUUUGUAUCAUCCUUUCUUUUUUCAUCCUUUCUUUGUGCACAGUCUGUUUGGACCAGGCUGUUCUACUGACUACUGACCCACCAGCACUCAGCAUCCCCUGGACCAUCACCAUACCUGCCCCACUGCUUUAGAACCCAGAGGACAAAAAGAGGAGGAGGAAAAAGAAGGAGGAGGAGGAGGAGGAGGAGAAGAAGGGCAGAGGGAGGACGAGACGGUCGCGAGACGUGCACCGCCACCACCUCCACCACAGUAGAAAAAUGCAUAGAAGAAAUGAUGGGUUUGCAUGUUGAGAGAGAGAGUGCUAAGCUAAGUGGGUUUUGAGGAGGUCCCAUUCUUGAUAACAAAGCUGCAUGCAGGCCUCUGGAAAUAUACUCCUAUAUACUGCUAUACUCCUAUAUAGCCACCUGUAUUAAGGUGUUUGUUUGUUUAUAAGGCAUGCUAGAUAUGGAGUAAUCAAAGUAUAGAGUGAUUAAGGCAUUCUUUUUGGUUGUAUACAUAUACAUAUGCAUAUAUUGGCUAGUUUUUGCACUCCUGCAAAUCUCAGGACCAGCACAUAUCCAGGUCAGUCUCAGGUCUUGCCUUUUUAAACUAGUUCAUCUAGCUAACUACCCCGGCUGCCGCUUGUAUUAUUGCGCCACUGCAGCUGUGUUUAAACUCAUUUAACGCAGCAAGCAAUAAUAAUAAAGAGCAGGGAGGGAAAUAAAAAGUGUGUACUUUGUGCUUGUGCACUCGUGCACUUUGCUAUGCAUGUUGAGCCAAAGAACUGAGGCACUUUGAUGGUGAGCAUGUGAGCUUGAGUAUGCAUGCGUAUGUUUAUUUAUAGUCUCCUUCUUUCAGAAGCUUCUAUAAAUGCUGCUUUAAAAGAAGCCAGCUGCUGCUAGGGGCCCUGAUACACACUGAGACACUAUUUUUGUAAGCUGAAGUUGCACAGAUAUAGAUAUUUAUUGGUAAAGAGGCCUAAAAGCUGGGAAAACUAGGAGGAAAACUAGGAGAAAAACUAGGAAAAGUGGCCUUCCGCUCUUGCAACCUUCCCCAAGAUCAAAAGUAGCUUAGCUCACGCUCACUAGGCUUUGAGAAUUGGGAUAAGGCCUUGUUUGUGGACUCUAGUGGUCUAGUGGUGGCUAUAGGGUACGAAGAAAAAGAAAACACAUUGUUUUGUCUGCUUCGGCUGAUGUAACAGCCGAGUACAGUACAGCACAGUACAGUACAUUAAGCUACAGUGUGCUGCUGACUCUAAACAAACUGCUGACCCAAAAAAAACUGCUGCUCUGCCAGCCAACAGCACCGCUCGCUCGCACCAGGCAAAACAACAAGUCCACAAAGUCAGGCAGGCAACCGGUGCAGAGAUGACGUCAGCAUCAGCAACAGCAGCCAGAGACCAGUCCCUUCCACCCCUCGCAGCAAAGAUGGCCCGGAUGGCACAUCACUUCCUGUCCGGCCUGUCCGCCAGGUGCCUCCUGUUCCUGUGUGUGCUGUGUGCUCUGUGUGUGUCUCUGGGUGACGCUGCGUGUGCCGAGGUAGACUCAGAUACAGAGGCUGUGGCCGGACAGGACUUUAAACUGGGCUGCAUCUCCUGUAAGAUGAGAGGAGAGGUGGAAGCCUCAGCUACAGCAGACUGGUUCUUCAAAGCCAGAGGAGAGACUGAGUUUGCACAUAUCUACUCUUAUGACGGUGAGCUGUCCACCAUAAUAAACGAGCGUUUUGAGGGUCGUGUGAACUGGACGGGCAGCAGAAAGACCACUGACCUGCAGGACGCGUCCAUCUAUCUCCUCAACGUUACCUUUAAUGACUCUGGGGUCUAUCAGUGCUUCUUCACUCGGACCCUCAACUACGAUUACUAUGAGUACGAGACCACAGCCAGCAAAUAUGUUCAUCUCACUGUGGUGCCCAAAGCGACGCGUGGCACGGCCUCCAUCGUUUCAGAGAUAAUGAUGUACGUGUCCAUCAUCGGGCUGCAGCUGUGGCUACUGGUGGAGAUGAUUUACUGCUACAGAAAGAUCGCUGCGGCCGGAGACGAGGCGCUCAGAGCCAGCGCGGCGGAGUAUUUAGCGAUAGCAUCGGAGAGUAAAGAUAACUGCGCAGGCGUGCAGGUGGCUGAAUAACAGAGGUUUUUCCUGCUCUGACCAUAAUGUGUGGCCAAAACCUGAUGUCCACGUCUUCCUUACACCGUCACAAAUGUCCAGAAUUUCUUGAUUUUUGUACUGCCUACUUCUUAUCCAAUACAGGACUGGCGGAGUAAAAAAACAAAGCCCCCUAAGCCCUGUCCUGUAGCACCCCUGUUGCCACAACUGACCCUAGAGUUGGCUUAGCUGGUGGGAUGAAGAGUAUUUGAAAAUGAAAUGCACAGACAUGUGCCGUGCAGAUACACUGCAGGAUGGGUGAUUAAAAGUGAAAUAAGGACUUUAAUGUAAAGACUUCCUGUUUGCAUGAGUUUAUUAACUUCCAAUUGCAGCAUGACAUCAGCAUCCCUUCUAACCAUGUAUAUGCUAUACCUCAUAUAGUAUAAACGCGCACAUAUAAAAGUAUGUUAUAUAGGCUUUGUAAUGAAAACUGACUGAAUCAUGCUUUCCCCACCUUACUGUAUGUGCUCAUGCAUAUAGGAAAAAAGAGAAAAUAUUAUUGCAAUACUCUGACUUUGCACUAGAGGUCAGCCAGGAGCAGUGGAAUCUGCGUAGUCUUGCUCACUUUUCAGGGCUAUGUAUAAAUAUAGAGAUAAAUGAAUAUAUACACUGUGGUAGUCUUGUGUGCCAAACGCCAUGCAGUGCUAUGGGUGCAUGUGCUAAGAGCCAAUGCUACAUUGAUAUGCUGGGAGAACAGUUGGCUACAGUGCUAGUUGAAGCCAGUCUGUUCCUGUCAUUCAAUGCUGGAGCUUCUUCAACACGUUAUGAAGCUUGAAUCAUGCACUCCUUCGGCCCAUAGACACCAAUAAACCCUUUUAACGAGUUUAGUUAACGAGUUUGAAACUCUGCAGCAGCUGCUUUCUGCCUGCAAACAAAGGCCCAGUCCCAUUUCUCAAUUAAAGCUCUGAAGCUUGUUUUUGGAACCCAGUUACUAGAGGAAGUGGUUGAACUCAAUACUUAUUCCAACAAGAAGCAUGACACCCUACCUUACUAUGUCCAACAAGAAUUUGGGUCAACUUACCCCUCUAUCCCAACAAACAUUGGAACACCCUACCCUUCUUUCCCAACAAGAAUUAGGGACAUCCUAACAAGAAUUGGAAAACUGUACCACUUUUACACCUAUAAUCUCUAUACCAAAAAGAAUAGGGAGACCCUAUUCAAAAAUUCCGACACUCUACCCCACUAUACCCAACAAUAAUUGGGACACAUUACCCCUCUAUCUUAACAACAAUCAGGACACCCAACCCCUCUAUCCCAACAACAACUGGAACAUCUGUCACCUCUUUCCCAAUAAAAUUUGGAACAUCAUACCCCUCUAUCCCAUCAAGACUUUGGGACAACAUACCACUUUAUCCCAACAAGAAUCAGGAUCCCCUACCCUUCUAUCCCAACAAGAAUUUGGGACAGUCUACUCCACUAUACACAACAAUAAUUGGGACACACUACCCCUCUAUCCAAACAAUAAUCAGGACACCCUAUCCCUUAAUCCCAACAACAAUUUGGAUACCAUACUUCUCUAUAUCAGCAACAAUUGGGACACUCUACCCUUCUAUCCCAAUAAGAAUCAGGACACCUUAACCCUUUAUCCUAAAAGGAAUUGGCACACUUUCCCUCUAUCCCAACAAUAAUAGGCACACCAUAGUCCUCUAUCCCAACAAGAAUUUGGGACAACCUACCCCUCUUUCCCAAUUAUCAGGAUUCCAUACUUCUCAUUUCCAAUCGGCAUACUCUACACCUCCAUCCCAACAAUAAUUGGGACACCAUAACUCUUUAUCCCAACAAUAAUCAAAACAUCCAACUCCUCUAUCCCAACAACAAUCAGAACACCCUACCCCUCUAUCCCAAAAGGAAUUGGUACACCAUAGCCCUCUAUACCAACAACAAACGGGAUACUUCUCUAUUCCAGCAACAAUUGGGACACACAACCCUCUAUCCCAAAAACAAAAGGGACACCCUACCCCUCUUUGGAAAAAAAGGAAUUGGCAAACCCUACCCCUCUAACUAGAAUCAGGACACCCUACUCCUCUGUCCCAACAAAAAAAUUCUACCUCUCUAUUCCAACAAGAACCUGGACCCCAUACCCGUCUAUCCCAACAACAAUUGUAACACCCUAGCUUUCUAUCCCAACAAGAAACGGGACACUUUGACCCUCUAUCCCAACAAGAAUCAGGACACUCUACCCCUCUAUACAAAGAAGAAUCGGUAUACCCUGCCCCUCUAUCAUAACAAGAAUCGGCAUACUCUACCCUUCUAUUUUAACAAGAAUUGGAACACUCUACCCCUCUAUCCCAACAAGAAUCGUGACACUGUACUCCUCCAUCCCAGCAACAAUCAGGACACCCUACCCCUCUAUCGAAAAAAAGGAAUUGGCACACACUACUCCUCUAAGAAUCAGAAUGUAAAAUGGGAUUGGGCCCAAACCUACCCUUUCUAUGGGGCUAUAUAUGCUUGCUUGUUCAAUCAAGUGAGCCUGUGUAAGUUGUAAGCAAGAAAUGUUGAUUAGCGAAUGUAAUAACUCACUGGGAACCAGCACUGAAUGGUUAUUCUCAGCGGGAGAUUACCUCCCGCUAAAAUGCAAUAUGAGAAAAAUAGUCUUAGGACUGUUUUAGAGCCCAACGUUCUGCACUUUAGUCUCUUCAGUGAAUGCAUGAUCAAUCAGCAACUAAGCAAUGCAAAUAUAUCUUAUAUCAUACUGUAACCUACUUGUGCUACAUCAUCAUUAUCAUAACACUCACUGCUUGUUCAUUUUUAGAGAAAAAUAAAAUAAGAAAUCAAAAUAAACAGCAAAAUAUAAACUGUGAAAGAGAUAUUGUUUAGAAAGAGAAUUUAUGUCAAUAAAAAAUUAAAACUGA